AUGAACUUUGACUUAUCAGAAGAGCAACAACUGGUACAGGACAGCGUGGCGCGAUUUAUCCAGGAUAACUAUGGCCUGGAAGCACGUCAGACAACUGUUGCCAGCAGUGAUGAUUUCAACAAGAAACACUGGGCCACAAUGGCUGAACUGGGCUGGCUGGGUCUCACCCUGCCCGAAGCCCACGGUGGCUUUGGCGGCAAUCAGAUUGAUGCCAUGGUCAUUAUGGAACAGUUCGGCAAAGGCCUGGUGCUGGAGCCCUUUUUCGCCAGCGUUGUGCUGGGUGCCAGGGCACUUUCACUGGCGGGCACUGAAGCACAAUGCAGCAGGCUGUUACCUCGCGUCAUUGACGGCAGCCGACAGCUGGCUUUGGGUUAUGCUGAAGAGCAGGCACGCUUCGAUAUGCACGAUGUCGUGACCCGUGCACAGGCUGAUGGGGAUGGUUUCAUCAUCAACGGUCGUAAGUCGAUGGUGCAACAUGGUGGCACCGCCGACCAGAUCAUCAUCAGUGCACGCACAUCCGGUGGCCAGAGCGAUACCAACGGCAUUUCACUGUUCAUCAUCGACGCCAACACCGAUGGCCUGACGGUGACCGGUUUUCCAACCGUAGACGGCCUGGCCGCCGCCGAGGUGGAACUUAAAGACGUAUCUGUCAGCGCUGAUGCCCUGCUGGGCGAAUUGGACAAUGGCUACAGAAUACUCGAAGCAGUGGCCAUUGACGGCAUUCUGGCCAUCUGUGCGGAAGCUGUUGGUGCGAUGGAAAUGCUUUACAAAGAUACCGUGCAAUACACCCAGGAACGCGAGCAGUUUGAUCACGCUCUGGCUGAAUUCCAGGUACUACAGCACCGCAUGGUCGAAAUGUUCAUGGAAUACGAACAGUGCAAAUCACUUCUCUAUCGCGCCACGCUGGAAGUGGUACAGAACGGUUCUGAUGCGCUGCGAACGGUGCACGCACUGAAACACUUUGUCGGCAAGACCGGUAUUUUCAUCGGCGAAAACGCCGUGCAGCUCCACGGUGGUAUGGGCGUCACGGAAGAGCUGCGCAUUGGACACUACUUCAAGCGCCUGCUGGUGAUAGAUGCACAGUUCGGCAAUUCCGACUACCAUCUGCAGCAAUUCGCCGCAUGA